AGAUCAGUUAUUUAAAGAUGUUUUUCAUGCUGUCAGCCUGGUGUGGGAGAAGAAUAUCUGUGGAAUGAAUUCAGCUGGAUUGAAAGUGAAUCAGAAUGGCUGCUGUCAUCUCAGAUAGUCCUCCGAACCCAAGCUGCAAAAUCAUGACUUUUAGGCCUUCAAUUGAUGAAUUCAGGGAAUUCAACAAAUACUUAGCGUACAUGGAAUCACAGGGUGCUCAUAGGGCUGGAGUUGCAAAGGUUAUCCCACCAAAGGAGUGGAAGCCAAGAAAACAUUAUAAUGAUAUUGAAGAUUUGGUGAUUCCUGCUCCAAUUCAACAGAUAGUCACUGGCCAGUCGGGGCUUUUCACACAGUACAACAUUCAGAAAAAGCCCAUGACAGUGAAGGAGUUCAAGCAACUGGCCAACAGUGACAAAUACCGCACCCCAAGAUACACAGAUUACGAAGAUCUGGAGCGUAAAUACUGGAGAAACUUGACUUUUGUGGCACCAAUUUAUGGAGCAGAUAUCAAUGGGAGCAUUUAUGAUGAAGGUGUUAAGGAAUGGAAUAUUGCCCGUCUUAAUACAAUAUUGGAUGUUGUAGGAGAAGAGUGUGGAAUUUCUAUCGAGGGUGUAAAUACACCAUAUCUGUAUUUUGGCAUGUGGAAAACAACAUUUGCAUGGCACACUGAAGACAUGGAUCUCUACAGUAUUAAUUAUCUCCAUUUCGGGGAGCCAAAGUCAUGGUAUGCUAUUCCUCCAGAGCAUGGGAAACGGCUUGAAAGACUGGCUCAAGGUUUCUUCCCGAGCAGCUCUCAAGGAUGUGAUGCUUUUCUUCGCCACAAGAUAACUCUGAUUUCUCCAUCAAUAUUGAAAAAUUAUGGAAUUCCUUUUGGCAAGGUUACACAAGAGGCAGGAGAAUUUAUGAUCACUUUCCCAUAUGGAUACCAUGCAGGAUUUAACCAUGGAUUUAACUGUGCAGAGUCAACAAACUUUGCCACCAUUCGAUGGAUUGAUUAUGGGAAAGCAGCAAAAUUGUGCACUUGUAGGAAAGACAUGGUGUCAAUAUCCAUGGAUAUCUUUGUGAGGAAGUUUCAACCAGAUAGGUACCGGCUGUGGAAAAAAGGCAAGGAUUUAUAUACCAUUGAUCAUACGAAACCAACACCUGAAUCAACACCUGAAAUAAGGACCUGGCUACAGAGAAGAAAGAAAAUACAGAGCUUUCCAAAGAGCUCCCAGCACCCCAGAUCUCGAUCUAGAAAGCUUAAAACUCCAGAGGACAAGAGAGUAUCUGCUGAUGCAGAAAUCAUCGUGACUGAAGCAGCUACUGCUGGCUUCAAGGUCAGUGAAGAACCUGAAAAAAAAGGGAGAGUGAUAAACACAGGAGUGCCUUCUGGGGAAGAAGAAAACAGUAGUAGAAUGCAGCUGGAUCAACAUUUGUUGGAUCAUGUCAAGGUUGCAGGAAGCCUCACUUCAGACUCAAUUUUGAGCCCUGUUCCUGUAAAAGAGAAAACAAAAAUGGAAGAUGAGGACAUACCGUACCAUAAAGCAGAGGGACAAACUGCUGAAUCAGAAAAUCCAGAUAAACAGGAAAGUGUCUUGAUAGAGGGUGAUAUCAGCAACCUAGAAAGCUGUGGAAGUAGUUUGGAACACGGAGAAGUGCCCGUUGUAAAAAAGGAUGAAGAAGAUGGCAUGGAAACAUGUAGUUCAGAGGAAGUUGCAAGAAAGAAAAUAUCUAAGAGUUGGCGUCAUCCACUAAAUAAACCACCAGCUAGAUCUCCCAUGACUUUGGUUAAACAGCAAGCAACUAGUGAUGAAGAACUACCUGAGACUACCUUAAUUGAAGAGAAAGUUCAAGAGACAGAGGCAUGGGCCAGGCCUCUGGUCUACCUUUGGCAGACAAGAGAACCCAAUUUCAGUGCUGAAAAAGAAUACAAUGCAGCUUGUGCAAAAAAGGAACCUCACUGUGCCAUUUGUACUCUUCUCAUGCCAUACUAUAAGCCAGACAAUCAUGAUGAAGAAGGUCCUACUUUCAGGGAAGCAAACUCAGCAGGAACACUGAUGGCAGAAAAUGAAAAGACUAAACCUCUUAUUCCAGAGAUGUGUUUUAUUUAUAGUGAAGAAAACACUGAAAACUAUCCAUCAAAUGCCUUUAUUGAAGAAGAUGGAACAAGUCUUCUGAUUUCCUGUGCAAAGUGUUGCGUACGGGUUCAUGCAAGUUGCUAUGGUGUUCCUUCUCAAGAAAUCCAUAAUGAAUGGUUGUGUUCGCGAUGCAGAAAAGAGGCCUGGACAGCUGAAUGUUGUCUCUGCAAUUUGAGAGGUGGUGCAUUGAAGCAAACUACUGACAAAAAGUGGGCACAUGUAAUAUGUGCAAUUGCCAUCCCAGAAGUCAGAUUUGGUAAUGUCACAGAGCGUACUCCGAUAGACACUAGCAGAAUACCUUUGCAAAGGUUAAAAUUGAAAUGUAUCUUCUGCAGACAGAGAGUUAAGAAAAUCUCUGGUGCCUGCAUUCAGUGUUCAUAUGGACACUGCACAACAUCCUUCCAUGUUACCUGCGCCCAUGCUGCAGGAGUGCUGAUGGAACCUGAUGACUGGCCAUUUGUUGUCUACAUGACAUGUUUCAGGCACAAGAUCAACCACAAUGUGAGAGCUAAAGCAUCUGAGAAGACCAUUAGAGUUGGACAGACAGUCAUCACAAAACAUAGAAAUACACGAUACUAUAGCUGCAGAGUGGUGGGAGUGACAUCUCAGCUUUUCUAUGAAAUAAUGUUUGAUGAUGGCUCUUUCAGUGUGGAUACUUUUCCUGAAGACAUUGUAAGCAGAGAUUGCCUAAGGCUGGGUCCACCUGCAGAGGGAGAGAUUGUCCAAGUGAAAUGGCCUGAUGGAAAAGUGUAUGAUGUGAAGUAUCUGGGAACAAACACAACUUAUAUGUAUCAGGUUGAGUUUGAAGAUGGUUCUCAAAUAGUAAUGAAGAGAGAAGAAAUAUAUACACUAGAUGAAGAGCUUCCUAAGAGAGUAAAAGCACGUCUUUCUACAGCCUCUGACAUGAGAUUUGAAGACACAUUUUAUGGAUCAGAUAUUAUCUUGGGAGAGAAGAAGAGGCAGAGAGUAUUGAGUUCUCGCUUCCAGAAUGAAUAUGUGGAUGAUCCAGGAUACCGCACAUUCUUAAAAAGCUCAUUCCAGAAGAAAUGCCAGAAGGGGCUAUAAAGGCAGCAGAUGAAGAGAGAGGGAUGUUGAUUGAAAAGCAUGCAGCAUUAUUUGCAAUUGGUUUUUGUUUAAUUGAACACUCUGUUUUCCAUUCAACUAAUCUAUACACUGUCCUCAUAAACUGAAGUACUUGAGUUCUGAUUUCUUCAGUUAAUGUAUUAAAGAUUUUGUAAUGUUUUGCAUUAUAGAACUAGGGGGAAAACCAAGAGAGAUUACGAAAGGAUGUACUGAAGAAAAGUUUCAGUCCUACUGUCCUAGGUUUUUUGCAGAGGGAUGGAGCCUAGAGCUGUGAGGGCGUGGCUAAAUUGCUGUUUUGUACCACCCACUUCAACGGUGGGGGGUGCGACAGGGGGAAGAACAAAAGGCACAUGGGAAGUACGCUGUAUUCAUUAUGUUUCUUCCCUGGGGAAGCUACUGGUGCCAGCACUGUGGACUCUGAAAAGCAGUGAACACAGCCAAGAUGUGGCUCCAAAAAAACUGCGCUUGCAGCUGAGAUGCAAUUCCAAAGAGGUGGCACCACGCAGAUUUGAACCUGCAGAGCAGAGCAGUCUGGAAGCGGCCAGUGUGGCACAGCAGAGACAAUCUGGCUUUUAUCAUAGUUUUUUGUUUUCUUGGGCUCAGGGAUGGGGAAUGCUGGCUGUGGAGAGUAUCCACCACCUUGUCUUUCUCCCAGGAGGCUAUGUGGUGCUACCUAUGGAGAGCGUCCACCACCUGGCCUUUGUCUUGGCGGCCUCGUGGAACUAAGUCAAGGUAGUGAACACCUCUCAUGUGUAAAGCACCUUUUCUGUACUUUUGUCAUUAAUAUUUUUCUGUUACUGCAUGUUUCUUAUUGCACUGCUGUUUGUUUUCAGUAAAUUGUUACCUCAGCCCAUAGUCUCUGCCUUUGUCCCUCUCUCACCUGAGGGUGGUGAGGGCAAGAAGAGCACCUUAUUUGGAGUUCAAUUACCAGCUUGUUUUUUAAACUACCACACCUGCUCACAUUGAAAUAAGUGGUAAAAUUCCCUUUGAAUUAUAAGAAGAGAUUCACAUUCUGAAAAGGAGACAUUUUAGUAAACAGAGAUAAUGUCAGUGGCUCAUUUUUUUCUGCACCUAAGUUCAAUAAUAACAGUUUUUAUAAAACAUUUUUAAAACAAAUACAGAUAUAUUCAGUACUGAGACAAACAAAGGCUGUGCUUACUUUGUACAGUGCUUUUACACAUAUAUGUCACUACUGUUUUCAGUAGGGUUUGAUAGGGACUCAGCUAUUUUUGGCUUUUAGGAAAGAGAUCUGCAGCACAGCAAGGAUGUUUUGUAUAUUUAAAGAGAGAUUUUGGCAGUUAUUUUUGAAUAUGUUUUUCAUAGGGUCUAUUAAUAAUAGCUAUUUGUUAAAUACAAAUUUCUUUCACUAUGUGUAUGAAAAAUUGGAGUUCAAAUAUAACAGCCUAAUUUUGACUGAAUAUAUUAUGGUCUAUCUUUUAAAAUAAAGUUCUUGCAACAUAAUCAUGUUUUAAAACAAAUAAAUAAAUAAA